AGUAAACUGUAUUUAAAUAUUUUAUUGUCAAUCAAUCAAUUGAUUUGAUUGUCUCUGAAAUAAUUUAACGAAAACUUAAUUUAUUAUUAUUUUAUUGUUUUAUGCAAUCAAUUACCAAAUCUUUAACAAUCAGUAGAUUUUGUCAAAGAGUUUUCAGCAAUUCAUUUGCAAUGACAACGACAGCCGCCGCCGUAACCAACAAAAUGAUGUCCACCUCCUCCUCGGCCACCGACGCCAUCACCACAGCCUCGCAAUCAUUUCAGUAUCCAUCGGUCAGAAGAGAUAAUACAUCGGAUGUGAUUCACGGACACAAAAUCAACGAUCCUUAUCGAUGGCUAGAAGAUGCCGACAGUACCGAUACUAAACAGUUUGUCGACAAACAAAACGAGAUAACUAUGCCUUAUAUCGAGUCCUGUGUUCAUCGGCAACAAAUCGACAAAAGAUUGAACCAAUUGUGGCACUACUGUCGAUAUGGUUGUCCAUUCAAACGAGGCGACAACUACUACUACUAUAUGAACACUGGCCUACAAAACCAGUCGAUACUCUAUGUAAUGUCGUCACUGGAUGGCGAACCGCAAGUGUUUCUCGAUCCGAAUCAGUUGAGUCCGGACGGAACAACAUCGCUGGGCGAGACAUCGUUUUCCGAAGACGGCAAAUGGUUUGCCUACGGACUGAGCGAUUCGGGUAGCGAUUGGGUUCGCAUACGUGUGAAAAAUGUAUCGACCGGUGAGGAUGUGGCCGAAGAGCUAACAAAAAUUAAGUUUACAAACAUUGCGUGGACUCACGAUAACAAUGGCUUCUUUUAUGGCUACUAUCCGGACCACACCGACAAAAGUGACGGAACUGAGACAACCGCCAAUCAAUACCAGAAGCUGUUCUAUCAUCGCCUGAAUACCAAACAAACUGAUGAUAUUCUUAUAGCCGAAUUCCCCGACGAACCCAACUGGCGAAUGACACCAGUGGUCAGCGAUUGUGGAAAAUAUCUUCACGUAUUUGUUAGAGAAAGCUGUCAAAAUUGUCUCUGGUUUUAUGCAUACAUCGACGGUCUGGCCAUCAAUGGCCCGAUCAAACUCACACCGAUCAUUGAAGAGUAUAGCGCCGAAUACGAGUAUAUAACUAACGAUGAUUCGGUUUGUUAUGUACGGACCAAUAAGUUGGCCAACAAUUAUCGGGUAAUCAAAUUUGAUUUGAACGGCGGCACUCAGAUGGACUCGUGGACCGAUGUUAUUGCCGAACAUCCGGACAAUGUACUGGAUUGGUGUACAGUGGCCAACAACGACGUACUCAUUGCCUGUUAUAUCAAAGAUGUGGUGAACGUUAUCGAAUUGCGACGUCUGAGUGAUGGCCAACUGUUGACUGAUAAACCAUCAUUGGAUCUACCGAUGGGUGCCAUUACCGGGUUUUCGGGUAAACGUAAACAAUCGGAAAUAUUCUACUAUUUGACAUCAUUUUUGAUACCUGGCGUUAUCUAUCACUACGAUUUCAAGAGUAAACCAAAAAUAUUCAAACAAAUCGAAGUCAAAGAUUUCAAUUCCUCAGAUUACGAGACCAAACAAGUCUUCUACGAUAGUAUGGAUGGAACCAAAGUACCGAUGUUUAUCGUUCAUCACAAAGAUUUGAAACCCAGCGGCGAUAAUGUCUGCCUGUUGUACGGUUACGGCGGUUUCAAUAUAUCCAUACAGCCGUCGUUCAACGCACAUCGGCUACUAUUGAUGAACCAAUUGAACGGUAUAUUUGCAUUGGCCAACAUUCGCGGGGGCGGCGAAUACGGCGAGAAAUGGCACGAUUCGGGAAAACUAUUGAACAAACAGAAUGUUUUCGAUGACUUUCACGCGGCGGCCAACUAUCUGAUUGACAAUCACUAUACAAACCCCCGUAAACUGAUUAUUCAGGGCGGCUCUAAUGGCGGUCUACUGGUGGCUGCCGUAGCCAAUCAACGACCCGAUCUGUACGGUUGUGUUGUUUGUCAUGUCGGGGUACUGGAUAUGUUACGGUUCCAUAAGUUUACUAUUGGUAAGGCCUGGUGUUCCGAUUAUGGCAAUCCCGAUGAAGAAAUACAUUUCAAUAAUGUCUUAAAGUAUUCACCGUUGCAUAACAUACCCGAUUCAGUGGAUACAUAUCCGGCUACUCUUAUACUGACAGGUGAUCACGACGAUCGUGUUGUUCCCUUACAUUCGUUCAAAUUUAUUGCACAACUACAACACCAAUUGGCUCAGACCAAUACCCGGACACCGUUGAUGAUACGGGUGGACACCAAAUCGGGUCACGGAGCGGGCAAACCAACCACUAAAAUGAUCCAGGAGCUGACAGAUAUCUAUUCAUUCAUUAUUAAUGCACUCAAAUUGGAUUAUUAUCCAUAA